AUGUACAUAGUGGAAAUGACUCUCCGGUUAGCAUAUGUUUAUCCGGGUCGUCUUUGCUCUGCACCAUAUUGUCAAUUAGUGUUGACACGAAUUUCUUUGGGAAGUCUGAUAAAACUUAUCAGUCCUUGGACAUUGUACGAUCCAGAUCUGUUUAUUGAAGAUGUCGAGAUAGAGUCUGUUUCAACUAGAGUUUAUAUGCCAUAUAACCGUUCUAAUAGUGGAGCAAUUAUUUUUAUUCAUGGUGGUGGUUUUGUUCUCGGUAAUGUUGCAAUUUAUGAGCCUAUGGUUCGCGAACUAGCCAGAGAAUCUGGAAUGCUUACUUUCUCCAUUGACUACCGACUGGCACCUGAAUAUGUCUUUCCGACAGGUCUUAAUGACUGCGAGCGAGUAGUCAUGCAUAUCCUAAAAAGCGGAUACGGAAAAGCCGAUAUUGAUAAGACACGCAUUGCACUGAUGGGAGAUUCUGCAGGUGGUGGUUUAGUAGCCACACUUACACACCGUCUGCGAAAAAAAAGCGGUAUUUCACAGCCAAAAGUUCAAGUUUUGCUUUAUCCGUUGCUUCAAAUGCACAAUCUACGCACACCAUCAUAUGAGUAUUAUUAUGAAGAAAUGGCAGGAACAGCAUUUGUUGACCCGCGACUGGUUGCCCAAUAUUACCUGAUGUACGCAGGUAUCGAUGAUGAGACGAAUACCAGGUUUACACCCCUGGUACUUAACAGUAUGCAUCUUUCACAGUCGGCAAGGAAUAAUUUCGAAACGUAUUUUGACUUGAAUUUGAUCCCCGAAAAACUGAAGAGAAAUAAAAACAUUACACACUGGGAUCACACGCAUGACAAGAAUGCGUCUGAAGUCCUUGCUCCUUUCCUGCAAAAUCCAGAGUUUACUCCACUUUUGCAGCCAAAUUUAGCUGGAUUACCAAGAGCAUUGGUAGUAACAAUGGAGUAUGAUGUGCUGCGAGACGAAGGUAUCGUCUACUCAAAACGUUUGGAGGAUGCAGGUGUAGAAACAACCUGGAAACACUAUUCCACUGGUUUUCAUGCAAUCUUGAACUUCAAUAGUAUUAUUGCAACUUCACAACGAAUGAUUGGAGAAAUUUCCAGAUGGACACGGGAAAACGUAUAA